UGGAUCGAUACGGACGUAUAAAUAGAACCGAUAUAACAGCUGGCUUGACGCCAGACAUGCAGCCUACGAGGAUGCGCCGUCCGCGUCGGCACCGCUGGCUGACGGUAUCGGUCUUCUUCAUCGCGUACUCCGUGUUCCAAGCCGUGCUGAACCCUGCUGCCACUGGAGAGAUCACCGAGGUCACAUCUGAUGAGAUCACUGAGAAGAUCACGCCCACAGAGGCUAUGGAGACUGUUAGAACAUCUGUAAACGAGGAUGAUCGGACUCGAGGAAUAUCGCCAACUCUUGAGAGCAAAGAGGAUGAUGAUGAAGAAGAAGAAACAACGAAGAACGGCAAAGGCCGACAGAAGGAGGCAGGGGUAUCCGACGAAACUGAGGAAGGAGAGAAGAAAAUACAAAAAGAUGCUGGGUACUCUGAGUACGACGUGAUCCCCACUGUUCAUCCAAAGAGGAACUGCACGCCACCAGCUAUUGAACAGUUCCCGAAGCCGCUAAUGGGGCAAUAUGCACGGCGGCACGGUGGGCUUAUCAUUCAUAUCCUCGUGUGCAUCUUCACCUUCAUCGGUCUUGCCAUCGUGUGUGAUGAGUACUUUGUCUCAAGUCUUGAUAGGAUCUGCGAAGAACUUAAACUGGCCCCAGACGUUGCGGGCGCGACUUUUAUGGCCGCCGGCAGCUCGGCUCCUGAACUCGCCACAGUCGUAAUCGGAGUAUUCUGCGCGCAGGAUGACAUUGGGGUCUCAGGAGUUAUUGGCUCAGCGGUGUUUAACAUAAUGUUCGUGAUUUCCGUGUGCGCUCUAUGCGCCGGCACCGUUUCGCAUCUCAACUGGUGGCCGCUCUGCCGAGACUGCUUUUUCUAUGCCAUAUCUAUCCUUGUCAUGUUAUGCACUAUUGCCAACGGUUAUGUGUCUUGGCCAGAGGCCCUGUUCAUGCUGAUAAUGUACGUCGUGUACUGCAUUGCGCUGCGGUUCAAUUCGGCACUGGAACGGUGGGCGAUGACGCUGCCGCUACCGUUCAAGCUGCCCACGCGCGAGGAGCAGGCCGCGCUUGUUACUUACAGGAGCGCGGGUGGUCAGCCAGCAACUGCAGCGCCCGCCGGGGACGGCCAAUACGCCGAAGUCGAAGGACAGACCAAAGAGACCCCUCUACAAAAUCCUCCGUACAAUCCAGAAGGAGCGUAUGAUAAUGCAGCGUACCAUGCCGAUCCUAUGCAGGCUUGGGACCCGAACCAGUCCUGGGACUCGAAUACUGCUUGGGGCGAGCAACAAAGUGGUACAGUGGCGGCAGCGCCGGCGACCACAGGGUGGGGCAGCAACCAGUGGGGCAAUCAGGACCAGCCACCGCCGUAUGAUGCGCCACAACAACAGCAACAGCAGGAACAACAGCCGCAACAACCACAACCUGCUGCUCCGCAGACACGACCUGUUGCCGCGCAACCAACAUACUAUAAAGCGAAAGAAUAUAAUCCAGAAACAGCCGUCAAUCCUCUGGUUAAACCUGUUGGAGCCAACUUCCUGCAACUGGCAUGGUGGUAUGUGGGAUACCCGAUCCACUGGUCUUGCCGACACACGAUGCCGGACUGCCGCGGACGCUGGUACCCCAUUACCUUCCUCAUCUCCAUGCUUUGGAUCUCCUUCUACUCUUACUUCAUGGUCUGGAUGAUCACUAUUAUCGGUUUCACACUGGGCAUCCCUGACACCGUCAUGGGACUAACGUUCGUAGCGGCCGGAGUGUCGGUCCCUGAUGCGCUCUCGUCACUCGCUGUCAUUAAAGAAGGGUAUGGCGACAUGGCAGUAUCAAAUGCGGUAGGCUCAAACGUGUUCGAUAUUCUCGUCUGUCUCGGUCUGCCCUGGUUCAUCCAGACCGCCAUCAUCCAUCCCGGUAGCCACGUUAAUGUUAUCAGCAAAGGUCUAAUCUACUCAACUCUGUCUCUAUUCUCCACUGUCAUCUUCUUGGUGGUGGCGACGCAUGCCAACGGCUGGAAGCUGGACCGUAAGUACGGCGCAGUGCUGAUGGUAUGGUAUCUUCUUUUCAUCACCUUCGCUAGCCUGUACGAGCUCAACAUCUUCGGGGAUUUCCAUCCCCCUGACUGCGGGUCCAGCUAUUAAAUUCUUAAGAUUGACGCGAUUUUUUCUUCAUCAUUAUUUCGAAGAAAUCGUAGAGGUAAAAAAUACAAUGGCCAAUUAUAUAGCCUGAGCAUAGAGUUCACACAACGUUGAUAAGCUACACGUAACCUUAGCCUUGUUGGGGAAUGUUGGAACUAUACUUUCUUCCAAUGGCAACACAUCAAUUAAAAUUACUAGGGGACCUCUGGUUUGGAAUUCUAUAGUCACUUGUCAGUCUUUACCUGUGCUGUGUAGUGUAAACUUAACCAACUUACGCACAGUGUCAAUAAAUUUUUUUGUUUGUCGGAAUAAGGUAUAGUCUUAUUUUAUAUAAAUGCAGUUUAUUCUUCCAAGGUUUGUCUCACGUUACUGUGUUUUUUACUUCUCCGGUAAAUGUUUUAAUGUCAUAAUAAUUCUACUAAAAGGACUACAAUUAUUUUAUGUUGUACGAAAUAGCCGGGUUAUAUUUUGACAUAAUUCGUAUUUGGCCUCGAACUUUUACUUCUAUAAAUUGUCUAUGUAAACCGGUAAUGACUUCCUUAGCCUUAAGUAGUUAACUGAAAGAUAAAAGAAGUCCUCUGUAGAUUGCUACUACAUGUUAACUAGGUAAUUAUAUAGAUAUAUUUUUAUUUGCUAACUCAUUUUAAUGUAUCUUACUUAAUGUAAAAGAAUUGUACAUAAAGGUCUAAGUUACUGUAGUUAUUUUUGAUGUUACAUAAUUUAUAUAUUGCAUAUGAUUAUGUAUUUAGCAGCUAAGUUUUCUACUAUGCUAUUAUCUUAUGAUUACCUAUGAACAUCGA